CAGACAGAGGUUCUUCUUUGUGACUGAAACUUCAAAACUAAAUUCAAGGAAAGUACACUAUUCUGAAGCUUUCUUCAACAUAGUUUUUCAAUAAAAUUUGAACAACUGAUUCUUCUGUAGCAACUUCGUGAAGCUACAUCAAAGGAAUCUAUGGAAUCUGAACAUCAUAAUUUGAAAACAGCACCAUCAUUGUCUUUAGGAAGAUUUCAUAUUUCUGAAGAGUAUGGCUUUCUUCUUCCAAAUCCACUGAAAGAACUUCCAGAUCAUUAUAAGCCUUGGAUGGAAAUUGCCAAUAAACUUGCUUACCUGAUUGAAAGUCACCAGCUUCGAGCUCAAGUAAAAAGGAUGCCAUUAUUGAAUUGCCAGUUUCUUAGAGACUAUCCAGAACAGCGCCUGGCCCAUUUGGUUCUUAGUCUUAUUACUAUGGGAUACAUCUGGCAGGAAGGAGAAACAAAGCUUGAUGAGGUCCUGCCACGCAAUCUGGCCCUUCCACUUACUGAGGUCUCCAGAAGUGUGGGUCUCCCUCCUAUUCUGGUUCACUCUGACUUGGUGCUGGCAAACUGGACUAUGAAGGACCCUGAGAGUAACUUGGACAUCAUUGUCUCAUUUCCUGGGGGAGAAAGCCUGCGUGGUUUUGUGCUGGUGACAGUUCUGGUGGAGAAAGCAGCAGUACCUGGGAUUAAGGCACUUGUUCAGGCAGUCAAUGCCAUCUUGAAGCCGAACCAAGACUUCUUGCUCCAAAGCCUACAGCAAUUAAGACUCUGCAUUAAGGACAUGACCAGAACAUUGGGACAAAUGCAUGAUUAUGUAGAUCCAGACAUAUUUUAUGCAGUCAUCCGAAUCUUUCUCUCCGGAUGGAGAGAUAAUCCUGCCUUGCCUAGGGGGGUGAUAUAUGAAGGAGUCUCCAAAGAGCCCCAGACAUACUCUGGAGGUAGUGCAGCUCAGAGCACAGUACUUCAUGCCUUUGAUGAAUUCUUAGGCAUUCAUCACAGCAAGGAAAGUGCUGAUUUUCUGUAUAGAAUGAGAGACUACAUGCCUCUGUCCCAUAAGGCUUUUGUAGAAGAAAUCCGCCUGGCUCCCUCACUAAGAGGCCAUAUCCUGUCUUCUGGAGUUGACCAACUUCUGAGGGCCUACAAUCAGUGUAUAGAGGCCCUAGUAGAGCUGCGUAACUACCACAUCAACAUAGUAGCAAAAUACCUCAUCACAGCUUCAGCCAAAGCAAAGAUAAGGACAUCAGGCCAGCUUCCCGAGCCACCCCAAGCCUUAGAAGAGAGAGGCACUGGUGGAACAGCAGUUUUGAGGUUCCUAAAGAGUGUCAGAGAUAAGACCUUGGAAGCAAUACUCCACCACAGUGGUUAGAAAGGGGACAUGUCAUCAGAAAUACAAAUCUAGCAAAUCAAUAGAGAUUUCUUCUUACUCUCUCCUCCCCUUGAAGGACAGGUGGGCCUGCAGAAUAGCAGUCAGGACUAAAUCUGACCUCUCCCUUAUUCAUAGUUAUACUGUGCCCAACACCAUUUCCUUCCUUAUUGAGAGCUAUUCCUUUUAACAGAGGGAUAUUUUCAUGGCUGUAAACAUUCCAUUCCCUAACCUAUUGUUUACCAGUCAUUGGUUAAGAGCAAUUGGACAUCCUGUUAAUCAGAACCCCACAGAGGAAAGUGGUAGAAAAACAGUUUAAAAUUCAAAAGCCAAAUAAAAUUGCUUAUGUAUAGAUUACCUUGUAGAUUUUCCUGAACACAAAUGAAAUAUUCAUGCAUCCAUUCACUUACUGAACAGCUUAUUAAAUUCCUGUUGA